GCAGCAAACAAUGACACCAGAAAGGCCUCUCCACAAAGCUACCAUCCUGGCUGGCAGGCCCACAAGAAAAAUGGCCUGCAACCCACAAAGACCACUCAAGAGGCCAAGCUAUCCGUCUCGAGUGAGAGAACCUUUCCUGCGGAUGGUCCAUGCCCAUGAGUCCCCCCCAACCUCCCAGACGUGGGUCCAGCGUGAGUUCUUUGUCCCUGAUGCACCCUGGGAGUUGCCAGGCUUCACACGGCAAACCUACCACCAGCUGAUCCACAAGCUGCCUCCCUGCACGGAAAUCAAGUCCAAGGUGCGUCACCAGCUCUUCCGCCCUUGGAAGGAGCCAAACCAGCACACCUGGGGCUUCCACACCUGGCUGGACGUGGGGCGUCUGCCUGCCACCUUCCCCUCGCAGCCCGACCAGCCCUACAAUAGCAACGUCUGGCGCUGGCUCACCCACUCCGAUGCCUACCGCGAUCCCCCAGCAGGGCCCCUCAUCCCCCCUCCCUCUUGGAUGGGACCCCACAGCUUUCUGACCUUCAUCAGCUACACUCCCAUCUUCUUGGACGCAAACAGGAAGAACGAGGUGACUUUCAGGACGGCGAAGGAGCUGAAGGCGGCGGAGAGCCUCAGGCUGAGGAGCGAAGCUAGGGCCCCUCCACUUGAUGCCCAGGGCAACAUCCUGCCCCCCGCGACCUACAAGAAGUACAAGCACAUAUCUGCUGGUGGAAGGUUUGAACCCCAGGGCCUCCAGCUCAUGCCCAACCCACUUCCUAAUUCUUUUGCCCAGGGCUGGCCUUGCCCGAACACUCUGCCUCAUUACCAGGAGAAGGUGCUGAAGUUGGCCUUGCUGCCAAGCGCACCCCUGAGCUCAGACCUCAUAAGGGAUUACCAAAGCCUGCUACAGGACCGAGUCACCGUGCCCCUCCGCCAGUUCCCCGAGACACAACGUGGCACAGCGUCAUCCAGGAAGAAAAAAAGAAGACCUGGCUACAUCUAGAAGAGCCUGCAUAUGCGUGGGGACUAUUGUGGGCACCCAGACCCUCAGGCUCCAGGAUUGGCAGCCAACACUCCUUCAGCAAGGAGCCACUGGGGGUGGCCCAAGGACCACCAUCCUCCCAACCUCAAGCAGCCUCUGUUCCCCAGGCUCUUGGAGACUACUGAAACCCUCGAUUGUCCCAUGCUUUCCUUGGGGAUGGGAGGGCUGGACAGGCAGGGUGGGUAGAGCAGGAGGAGCAGGGAGGGCUUCCAGCUUCUGGAAGUGAUGUGUGUGUGUGUGUGUGUGCGUGUGUGUCUGUUGGGGUAUAAGCAGAGGUGCUAUAAGAAACGUGAAUAAGAAGCGGUCACCUCCACUUUUACAAUGCAUUUGGCACAAGGCUGGGAUUAGUCAGAGUACAGACAGCCUCUCAGGCAAACAAAACCUCAAUCCCACCCCCUCCCCGGACCAUGCAAAGACCAGACACAGGUUUGCUUGGCCACAGGUGCCUGUGCAGGGUUUGUAGGAGUAGAGGUCAGGUUCAGGCUGGUGCUGGAGCAUGGGAGAGUCAGGCCUGAGGAAGGUUAACCAGCCUCAGCAGGGGAACAGGAGCAGAACAAGACAGAGAAAUCAAAAGCAGUUAGCCCAGAGCAUCAGGCCUGUGCUGCAGCGGACUCCAGCUGCCUCAGCUAUGAGGCUCCCAGGGGCAAAGCCUGAAGUGGGGCCAGCAGGACACAGUGGGCCUUGGCUGGGGUGGGGGUGAGGUUGGAGACGAGAAGGGGACUGCAAGGGGAGUAGCUAUAUGUGGGGUACCCUACCUUACCUCCUCUUGUUCCCAUCACAACCCCCAGUCAGUGGUCUGCCCCUACUGGGCUUCUCUUGGUCCCCUGCCCCCUGCCCUCUCUGUCUCCACUUUCUUCAAGACCCACAGGCAGCUGGGAGUGGAGACAGCACAGGGCCAUCGCUCAGGGUCAUCCCCUAACUAGCCGGCAGGGAGGCCUUCGGGACAUCACUGGUCUCUGACUCUGCUCAUCUGUACAGCAGGACCCAGUAAAUCAGUGGGAGAAAUAACACACAGUGAGCGGAGUGCCUACAGAGGCGCAGGCACACAGCAGGCCUCCAUAAGUGCAGCUGGUGACCCUGGUUCAUAGCAUAAAAUAAGAAAUGGAUGGCAUUUACUCAGCCAUAAGGAUGAAGGGAGUACUCACAUGAAGGAGUACUGACACAUGGUUGAAAUGUGAGAACGUCACCCUGAGAAGCCAGACACAAAAAGCCACACACGGAGCCGGCGCCGCGGCUCAGCAGGCUAAUCCUCCACCUUGCAGCGCUGGCACACCGGGUUCUUGUCCCGGUCAGAGCGCCGGAUUCUGUCCCGGUUGCCCCUCUUCCAGGCCAGCUCUCUGCUGUGGCCAGGGAGUGCAGUGGAGGAUGGCCCAAGUCCUUGGGCCCUGCACCCCAUGGGAGACCAGGAGAAGCACCUGGCUCCUGCCAUCGGAUCAGCGCGGUGCGCCGGCCACAGCGCACUGGCCGUGGCGGCCAUUGGAGG